GCUGCUGGUAAACGGUUGAUUGGUCGGCGCAAUUCGGCAAAAAAAAAAAUCAUCAGGUGCGACGAACGAAACGAAUUCAAAAUUUCAAAUUUUUAAAACGAAAAUGCAGUUAAAAUUUAAAUUUUAAAUAAAUCGAUCGCAACGGGCAUUUAUUCUAUUUAUUUGUGUAUCGGCUGUGUGUGUGUGUGUGUGUUUAUGUGAGCAUUACGAAAAUCGAAACGAACAUAUUUGAAAAACGCACCUUAAAUAAAUAUUGAACACCCCGCGAGAAAUUCUUUUGGGCAACUUCUCUGAUAAGCAGAGCAACAAAGCAACCCUAAUUGCUGAUAACCAACAAGAAAUAUAAUAAUAUUUGAAAGAAAAAUAGCACAAUCGUCGCGUGUGUGUUGUUGUGUGUGUGCGGUUGAAUGUGCAAAUCGAGUGUGCGAGAAGAGUGAAUUUCACAAGGAAGCAGCAGCUUAUCAAAUCAAGAGGCAAAAGGCAAAAGGAAUGGCGGAAAAUACUGGCAAUGAUGGCAAUCGAUCUCCUUCAAUGGACGAGGACGAGUCGACGCUGGAUGACUUGCAGAAAAUAUUCAAUCCUGUGCGAUCGUCCGCCUCAGAGCCGGCCAUGUCUUCGAUGAUGCCACUGCCGAUGCACGUGCCAACUUCGGCUGCCUUUACACGCAUUGUUGUGGAGCCCACGAAUCACAUUAUAAGAUUUCGUUAUAAAUGCGAGGGUCGCACAGCGGGUUCGAUACCCGGCAACAAUUCAAAGCCCGAAGCUAAGACGUAUCCCACCAUCGAGAUUGUCAACUACAAUGGACCCGCUCAUGUCUUUGUCUCUUGCGUCACCGCCGAUCCGCCAUAUCGUCAGCAUCCUCACGAGCUGGUCAGCAAGGAUGAGGCCGAUAAGUGCAAAGCUGGUGCGUAUAUCAAACGCUUGAAGCCCGGAGAGCAGCGACUGGAGCUGCAGAAAGUUGGCAUUCAGUGCACCAAAAAGACGGAAGUGGCCGAGGCGCUAAAGAAGCGCAAAGAGAAGAAUAUUGAUCCAUUUCGUGCUGGCUUUGAGCACGCCAAAGAUGUGUCCAGCAUUAAUCUGAGCCAGUUGCGUCUUUGCUAUCACGUUGUCAUUAUGGAUGAAAAAACCAAAUCCAAUAUUGCCCUCGAGCCAGUUGUUUCGUCCCCUAUCUACGGCAAGAGCAACGAUUUGACCAUCACCAAGAUGUGCAAAUGCUCCUCAAAGUCCAGCGGCGGGGAUGAGAUCAUUCUGCUCUGCGAGAAGGUCAACAGGAAUGAUAUCAAGAUCCGUUUCUUUGAGACAAAUGCCGAUGAUGUUGUCGUGUGGGAAGCCUACGGCAUCUUUGGCAAUCACAAUGUGUACAAACAGACGGCGAUUGCGUUCAAAACACCGAGUUAUCACAACAAAAACAUUCAGAACUGCGUCGAUGUGGAAGUGCAGCUGGUGCGUCCCUCGGAUGGUGCGACGAGUGCCCCGCGUGUCUUCACCUACAAACCCAACCCAGGUAUGCUAACAUUUGCGCGUCUGCAGCACAAGCUGAAGCGUAAGCAGGAGCUGGACGUGUUCCAGCAGAUACUUUCGAUAGAUAGCGAGACGACGGCCACGAAAUAUUCGUGUUCGCCGCUCGACAUCAACGAGGAUGAGAAUACGGUUUCAUCGGAUGAACAGCAAAGUUCGGGCACUUUGAAUGAUUUUGAGAUUGCGGUAAAGAAAUUGCAAAUGCGGCAUCGCAUCGAAUCGGAGGCGAAUGAAGCGGAUGCCACGGUGACCGAUUACACUGACGGACUCGACAAUGACAAUGAUGCCGAACAGGACGGGGAAGAGGAGGACAUGGGCAUUGAGUUGGAGGUGCCGCAAUUGUUGCCCCAACUAGCUGACGAUUGCACACAGACCUCGACGCCCAUGGAGGAGAUAUUGCAGCAGCCGCAACUACAAUCGCGACCACUGAGCAAUGUGGACAAGAUCAAUGAGUGGAUGAAGAGCAGCGAAUUCGAGCGCACCGACAGCUUGACCGUGGAGAACGGCGAUACGCCAACGCUCUCGCACAGCACAGCGCAAACAGCUUUUACUAACGUGAGCAGCCUGACUGCGAAUACAACCAUCACAAAUCAGCUGGACGAUGAGGCCAACGGCGGCUCACGACGCGACACUCUUGAGAAUGCAGCGCUUAAGGAGUUGCCUGCGGGAGAGGAACUCGAACCGGAGCCAGAGCCAGAAAUGGUCAGCGCUAGUGCUCAGGCUUCAGUGGAUAUCGAUGAGAACUUCGAUGAGACAGCCACCUAUACGAGUCUGCAGAUUGCCUACAAUCACCCAGUGGAAAUGCCGCAAAAGUCAAAAGUCGAAACUCAAGCAUCGUAUCAUGCCACGAAUCCGUUUAGUCAGCUGGACGAAGCUGAGUUGGUGGUGCUCACAAAUCCUCCUGCGCCACGCAUUAAAGUGAAUGCAGCUCAGACGCCAGCAACACCGCCAUCGCCACCGCUUCCCUUGCCACCGCGCACUCCCUCGCCUGUCGAUUGCGAACAUCGUUUGCCCCCGCUGCCGCCGAAGCCGCGUCACUCGCAGGAUCUAAGUGUCAGCGAGCACAGCGUCUCGAAUUCGGUGUCGUUGAGUCGCUCACGCAAUGGCAGCGUCAGCUCCACGCGGACCACGCCCUCGCCCAUCAUCAUUAUGCGAACUCCCGAUCAGAGUCCCACCAAACGUUUGCCGCAAAUGCUCCCUCCCAGCUCCACCGGCUCCAAUUCGGCAGCUGCCUCUCCCAAGAAGCGUCAGGGCUUCUUUUCACGUCUCUUCUCGCGUCGUCGCAGUCGUGCCGAAGAUGCCGAUGAAACGCAUUCGGUGAACUCACGCGCCACCACGCCCACCGGCAGCCGGGAGCCUAGUGUCAAUCAUUUCGCAGUCGGUGAUCCUAAUCGCAGUUCGGUGCGUUCGUUGCAGCCACCGGGCUUGAGUCCUCAGAACAGCGUCUCCCGGGGAGGUCGUCCGGUGGGUCGCAGCUCCAGCAGUGUCUCAGGCAAGCGGCCGGCGCAUCUGGAUGCCGAUGUCAUUCACAUACCGCUCAAGGGUGGUGAUAGUGAGAACAGUUUGCUGCGUCCCGAGAGCUACUCCACGGCCAGCACCUUGUCCUAUGGUCGACCCUUGGAUCGCAAGACGUUGAGCACGCUGCAGCUGGCCGAUAUACCGAUAAGUGAUGGCAACAUGGAGCUGGUGGCCAUUGCCGACCGGCAGAGCAUUAAGAAUUUGUGUGAGGGCGCCUAUGGAGUGAUGCUUGAUCCCAGCGUCGAUCUCUCUGAGGCCGAACACUUUGCGCUCUACACGAGCAAAUCUCCCGAACCGGAGCGUGAACUUGACGGCGGUGGCGAGGCGGUGGAUGCGGGUGAUUUCUUGAGCGCCGAUGAGAUUGCCAGACGCUUGGCAGAGGCAAAUGGAUUGCAAUAGAAGGCAGCUACCAAGCACAUAGU